AUGUACAUCGGCAUUGACGAAGAGGCGAGACUUCUCUGGGAGUCUUGCAGGUUGACUGCGUUGUUUGAGAGCUCAGAGGCCAUAAUUGCCUCUAGCGGGGGUCAUCACGUGACUCGUGUCCUGGUGGAGUUCUUUUGGGACAUCACCAACACCUUCCACUUUCCUUGGGGUGAGAUGAUGGUCACCCUGAUUGACUUCAGUCUUAUUACGGGACUGGAGUUUAGUUCUGUUGCGCUUCCGUUUGACAACGAGAUCAGCGUCUUUUCCCCUGAGGUCGAGGAGCUGUUAGGUCCGAUUGUUGUUCGGGCUCAUGCUGAGGUAGAGUCAACUCAGUUUAGCGCAAAGGGGAUCCGCCAUUCGACUCUAGCGGCGGCUUUCGAGGAUGAUGCGACCACUCGAGAGCAGCGGUUGCGCAUCUUUGUGUUUAUCUUGCUGUCGGGGACGUUCUCUCCUAACAAGGGUAGUAGAGUGCUGCUUUACUACCUACCUGCGGUCCGUGAUCUACAUUUGAUCGGGACUUAUGACUGGGCCAGCAUGGCCUAUGCUGACUUUAUGUGGUUCUACGAAUACUUUCCCUCUGUUGCGCCAGCAAGACCGCCGCCGCGCAGAUUUCCAGUGAGUGCCUCUUGGGGAAGCCACCGCGCUGGGAUGUCUACUGUUUAUGUCCGAGAUCAGAUCAAAUCGGCUGGAGCUAUUGAGUUUGUGCCACCUCGCAAUCCUUCAAUAUUUUCUUCUGAAGCUGCUGAAGUUUUACCCAUAUCCAUUUCUUCAACUAUGCUUGCAUCAGAUCCUUCUCAGCUUGAUCAAGUGCAUUAA